AUGACAGUUGGUGAAAUGACCUUGACCCUGGAUGAUGUUGGCACUAUUCUUGGCCUUCCCAUUGUAGGCAAAUCAGUCAGCGUAUCAGAUGUGAUAGAUCAUCAUGGAGUUACACUACUGGUUUAUGGCUUAGGGAUUACUGAACGUAUAGUACAUGAAGAGGUUUCUACUUCUGGUGGGAAUUCAGUCAAGCUUGAGUGGUUGCGAAGUCAGUUCGCUGGUGUCACAGAUUCAGAUCCAGAGGAGGCUAUACAGUGCGCUACUAGAGCUUAUUUGUUGUUUCUGUUGGGAUGUACGCUCUUCAAUGACAAGAGUGGCGGCAGCGUUCCUGUUGUUUACCUUGGCUUAUUGAUGGAUUUGGGAUCCAUUCAUACUUACGCCUGGGGUGCUGCUGCAUUAGCAUUUUUAUAUAGACAGUUGGGGUAUGCUAGUCGGUCCGGUGUUAAACAGAUGGGUAGUUAUAUGACUCUUUUGGAGGCAUGGAUUUAUGAACACUUCCGAGCAUUCCGACCUCACCAAAACAUGGACUAUAAUGAAAACAUGCCACACAUGUACCAUUGGGCAUCUAGGAGAGAGGCGGGUUUCUCCAUUGAUCAUUUGAAAUCUUUACGAGCAGAGCUUGACAGUUUGGUAGCGACUGAUGUUAUUUGGGAUCCAUACCACAGUUGCAGAGACCGGCAUCCAUGUAACCUGAUUACAUUCUACCAUGGAUGCUUAAAGUGCUUAGAUGUGGUCGAACCCUAUCAUCCAGAUAGAGUUCUGAGGCAGUUUGGCAGGGUUCAAACCAUCCCAGAUGCACCGCUAGCUCCCAGUCAUGGUGCUUGA